AUGGGAGAAUCAGGCAAAGGGAAGGCUUUUUUAAGAACAACUAACAAAAACGAAGAAGCAACUGCCACUACUGCAAAUGGACGGGUUCAAGCAUUACCCAUCAAGGGAAAUCAUCCUGAUGAUAAGAACCAUUUGCGUCUAAUUUCAAAGCCUAAUGGAUCAAUGAGGCAAUCCCAUUGUUCUAUCUGCAUGGCCAAAGAGAAUUGUCGAAUUGUGCGUUCGAGAACUAGGCUAAUGAACAUUUUGAUAGAGAGAGGGAGACCUCAGGAAGCCCAGUCCCUUUUUAAUGGUUUAAUUGAAGGGGGACACAGGGCUUCACUGGUAUCAUACACAACCCUCCUAGCUGCCUUGACCAUCCAGAAGCGCUUUGAGUCCAUUCCUUAUGUUAUAUCACAGGUGGAAGAGAAUGGAAUGAAUCCUGAUUUAAUAUUUUUCAAUGCUGUUAUAAAUGCUUUCUCGGAAUCUGGGAAUGUAGAGAAAGCCAUGGAAACCUUAAGGAAGAUGAAGGAGAGUGGAAUAAAACCCACUACCAGCACUUAUAACACAUUGAUCAAAGGGUAUGGGAUUUCUGGUAAGCCUGAAGAUUCUUUACAACUGCUUGAGAUGAUGUCCCAAGAGGAAAAUGUGAAACCAAAUAUAAGGACUUUUAAUGUUCUAGUCAGAGCAUGGUGUAAGAAGAAGAACAUUACAGAGGCAUGGAAUGUGGUGCAUAAGAUGGUAACUUCUGGAAUGCGACCUGAUGCCGUUACCUACAACACUUUAGCAACAGCAUAUGCUCAAAAUGGAGAGACAAGUAAGGCAGAAGGAAUGAUUCUAGAGAUGCAGAACAACAAAGUGCAACCCAAUGAACGAACUUGUGGCAUUAUCAUAAGUGGGUAUUGUAAGGAAGGUAAACUGAAGGAGGCCUUAAGGUUUAUGAAAAGGAUAAAAGAUCUUGGGCUGCAUCCAAACAUCGUUGUCUUUAACUCACUGAUUAAAGGUUUUGUUGAUACCAUGGAUAGAGAUGGGGUCGAUCAGGUGCUGAAGUUGAUGGAAGAAUUUGGGGUCAAACCUGAUGUGAUAACAUUUAGCACCAUCAUGAAUGCAUGGAGCACAGCCGGAUUCAUGGAGAAGUGUAGGCAAAUCUUUGAUGAUAUGGUGAAGGCUGGCAUAAAACCUGACGUGCAUGCAUACAGCAUUCUUGCCAAAGGUUAUGUGCGUGCUCAAGAAGUGGAGAAAGCUGAAGAACUAUUAGCAGCCAUGAUGAAAUUGGGAGUUCGUCCAAACGUUGUGAUUUUCACAACCAUCAUGAGUGGAUGGUGCAGUUCCGGCAGAAUGGAGCAUGCAAUUAAAGUUUUUGAUAAGAUGUGUGAACAUGGAAUUUCUCCCAAUUUGAAGACAUUUGAGACCCUAAUAUGGGGAUUUGGAGAAACAAAGCUGCCAUGGAAAGCUGAAGAAAUACUCCAGAUUAUGAAAGAGUUUGGUGUUCAGCCAGAAAAAUCUACUAUCUCGCUUGUUGCUGAUGCUUGGCGUGCAAUUGGAUUAACAAAGGAGGCAAAUAGGAUGAUGGGUGCUAUGAGAAGUAAAGAGAAGACCCAUCAGGUUGAAACCGAAGAGGUACCAUUUGAGAGCUUAGAGAAAAUUUAUCAUAAGAAAUCUGCAAGUGCCUUUCAUCCCAAUCUGUUACAGAUACCAUCAGUUACAAGUGAUCAAAAAGGAUCAGCAGCUUCAGCAACUAGAAAAGGAAGAAUGGUGCUAAGAGACGGUGAUUUUUCAUUUGACGUCUCAUCGCUUGCUGCAAAAUCUAUGAAUCUGUCUCAGACUUGUAAAUUUGGGGAAAGAUUGCCAAUUAUAUGCCGGAAGCAAUCUCAGGGGCAGCUUGGUGUGUAUGGUCAGUUUGCACAGCAAUGUACAGUUGUGUUCUUGAACUGA